GCGGGAGUUGGCGCGAAGGCGACAGCGGUGGUGGGGGGGUGGUGAGGGAGGCAUGGAGCCGGAGUCAUCCCGCUAGCGAGACACACCGCCGCUGGCAGCAGCAUGGAUAUCCGGAAAUUCUUUGGUGUUAUACCUCCUGGAAAGCAACAAAAACGUGAGACUGUGAAAAAGAGUGAAAAAAUCAAAAAUGGUGAAGAACCUUCAAGUGGAAAGAAAAAGGGAAAGGAGGCUAAGGUGGGUAAUUCACCCAGUGAAGAUGAUUCCAGACCAAAGCGGACAAACAAGAAAAAAAGAAUAAUAUACGAUUCAGAUUCAGAAGAGGAGGUGCAGUCAGUGAAAAAAUCCAAGAAGACACCUGAGAAAAAAGCAGCUACUUCAAAACUUGGUAAAGUUCGAAAGCAGGAUCCUGUUGUUUAUAUUUCAGAGACAGAUGAAGAAGAUGACUUUGUCAAUAAAAGAAUUUCCCUGAAACCAAAGGAGAAUGGGACAUCAGCAAUCGGUUAUCCAGGAACAACUACAGUGAUAAAAGAAGAUGUAAAACCACAAGCUAAAAGCAAACCAUUAUCUCCAGUGAAACAGACUCCCACCUCAGCACUUGACUACUUUGGGACAAGUAGUGUCCAGCGAUCAGAAAAGAAACUGGUAGCAAGCAAAAGGAAAGAACCUUCACAAAACAGAGACAGCACACUAGAUGAUGAGGCCAUUGCUAGGCAACUGCAGCUUGAAGAAGAUUCAGAGCUGGAGAGACAGCUACAUGAAGAUGAAGAAUUUGCUAGAACGUUGGCCAUGUUGGAUGAAACACCACAGAAGAAAAAGGCUCGGAAAGAUUCAGGAGGAGAGCAAACAGUACUGAGCACCAAGAGCAGUCCUAACGUGACAAAAAGAUAUAAGCAGUUGGAAGGAGGGGAAGCAACAGACUCAACAGGUGAAGCCAAGAGUUACACUGCCAAGCAGCAAACUAAAUCUGAACGUUCAAAAGGCUCUCGUUUAUCCCCACAAUCAUCUGAUGGUAAAAUAGCAAGAGAGUUGACAGGUAAGACCACGCCGUUGAAACCCAGCUCUAAGCUUGUGUCUCUGAAACAAAAAGAAGAGACUGCUGAAAAGGAGAGAGGUUCAGCAUCAAAAGAAAAAACUACUUCAGGGAAAGAAGAGAAGACAACACCAAAGAAGGAGAAAAUUUCUCCCAAGAAGGCUGAGUCUGUAAGUCCUGAGGACUCUGAAAAGAAGCGAAUUAAUUACCAAGCCUACCGAAGCUUCCUGAAUCGUGAGGGUCCAAAAGCACUGGGUUCCAAAGAGAUACCUCAGGGAGCUGAAAACUGCUUGGAGGGCCUGACAUUCGUAAUUACAGGCGUCCUGGAGUGUAUUGAAAGAGAUGAUGCCAAGUCUCUGAUAGAACGUUAUGGAGGAAAAGUAACUGGCAAUGUCAGCAAGAAGACAAACUAUCUGGUUAUGGGGCGAGACUGUGGCCAAUCUAAAUGUGAAAAGGCAUCAACUUUAGGGACAAAAGUUAUUGAUGAGGAUGGCCUGUUUGAUCUUAUUCGAACUAUGCCAGGCAAAAAAUCCAAAUAUGAGCUGGCAGCUGAAACAGAGGCAAAGAAAGUGGAGUCAAGACCUAAAAGGACACCACAAAAAGCUGAAGCUGGAAAAAGGAAUUUUAGCCCCUUCAAAAGGGAGGCUGAUAAUAAAAAAUAUAAGUCUACUCCUGAAAAAGGAGAUACAGUCACAUCUGUCAAGAAAGAAACCACAGCCGUUCGAAAGCUUAUGGACUUUAAACAGCAGACUGUAGAGAAGAAAGAAGCUCCAAAACCAAAGGAGAACUUGGUUUCUGAGGUUAAUGAAGAUGGAACAGAGAGAUUGCUAUGGGUAGAUAAAUACAAGCCUGUGUCUUUUAAGGCAAUAAUUGGACAGCAGGGUGAGCAAAGCUGUGCCAAUAAACUGCUCCGAUGGCUCCGAAAUUGGCACAAGAAUACCUUGGAAGAUGGACAAGCAAAGACCAAUAAAACUGGAGGCAAAGAUGAUGGUACUGGUUUUAAAGCAGCAUUACUUUCUGGUCCACCUGGAGUUGGUAAAACUACUACAGCUUCUUUGGUUUGUAAGGAACUGGGGUAUAGCUAUGUGGAGCUGAAUGCCAGUGACACUCGCAGUAAGAACAGUCUAAAGGAAGUAGUUGCUGAAUCGCUUAACAACACCAGCAUCAAAGACUUCUGUUCUGGCACAUCCUCAUCAGUUAGCGGGAAACAUGUAUUGAUCAUGGAUGAAGUGGAUGGUAUGGCAGGCAAUGAAGACAGAGGAGGGAUUCAGGAGUUGAUUGGUUUGAUAAGACACACAAAGAUACCCAUCAUCUGUAUGUGUAACGAUCGCAACCAUCCUAAAAUUCGUUCCUUGGUCCACUACUGUUUUGAUCUCCGUUUUCAGAGACCUCGUCUAGAACAGAUUAAGGGUGCCAUGAUGUCUAUUGCCUUUAAAGAAGGUUUAAAAAUUCCACCACCUGCUAUGCAAGAGAUAAUUCUGGCAGCAAAUCAGGACAUCAGACAGGUUUUACAUAAUCUUAAUAUGUGGUGUGCAAAAGAUAAAUCAUUAACUUAUGAUGAGGCUAAAAUGGAUGGCAGCAGAGCCAAAAAGGAUAUCAAACUGGGCCCUUUUGAUGUUGUCCGGAAGGUUUUUGCUACUGGCGAGGAGGCUUCUCGUAUGUCUCUUAUAGACAAAUCGGAUCUUUUCUUCCAUGAUUAUUCCUUAGCACCUCUCUUUGUGCAAGAGAACUACAUACAUGUGAAACCAGCUGCUGCUGGAGGAAAUCUGAAAAAACACUUGGUGCUCUUGAGUAGAGCAGCUGACAGUAUAUGUGAUGGUGAUAUAGUAGACAAACAGAUCCGUAGCAAGCAAAACUGGAACCUUCUUCCGACGCAGGCUAUUUAUGCAAGUGUUCUCCCAGGGGAGCUGAUGAGAGGUCACAUGUCCCAGUUUCCUGUCUUUCCCACCUGGCUGGGGAAGUUUUCAUCCACAGGCAAACAUGAUCGUAUCAUUCAAGAACUGGCGAUGCACAUGAGCCUCAGAACCCAGGCAUGCAAGAGGACAGUAAACAUGGAGUAUUUGUCGUAUUUGCGGGAUGCGCUUGUCCAGCCCCUGAAAGAGUUUGGAGCAGACGGUGUACAGGAGGCUAUAACGUUCAUGGACUCUUACUGCUUGAUGAAAGAAGAUAUUGAAAAUAUCAUGGAAAUAAGCACAUGGGGAGGCAAACCCAGUCCUUUUUCAAAGCUGGAUCCCAAGGUCAAAGCAGCUUUUACACGUGCCUACAACAAGGAGGCACAUCUGACUCCAUAUUCACUUAAUUCUGCCAAGACAUCUAAAAGGCAGUCAGGAUCUGCGGUGACCUUAGAACUGAAUGAAGACUUGAAUGUGGAGGAGAUCCAGUCUGAUGAGGAUGAGCAAGAUACUGUCGAAAGUGAUGCAAUGAUUAAGCAAAAAAAGGUGAAGUCUUCCAAGCCACCAAAAAGAGAGAAAAAUGAAGAAACAACAAAAAAAGAAGGGAAAAGAAAAGAGAAAACAAGACAAUAAAGAGAAUGAGAUCUUGCUCUGGAUGCAGCUUUGCUUAUCGAACUUCUGGCAGGAACAUGGAAUGGAUCCAGUGAUGGAGCCAGGGAAGUAGAGCCAGUGCAUUGAAAAUGCUCCUCUUAUAGAGGUGAUGUAGCUGCCGCACUCUCUCACUAUGCAGUGCUUACUCUGAACGUGCUACAGUGUUACAAGCUAUAAAUAUCCCUGUACAACAGACAUGGAGGUGCAUGAAUAUUAUGACAACAUCAUGCUUAGUUACCUGGCAGUUCUGCUAAGUCUUCCUAGGGCUUCACUUUUUUUUUUAAAAAAAUAAACACCCUGAUAUUACGAGGUCAACUCUUGUAAAUAGUACAUGAUGCAAAAAGAAACCCCAAACAAACCACCAAACCCCAAACCAAACCAAAACUGCAUAUUUGUACAUUAGAGAAAUUAAGCAGUGUAUAAAAUUACAAUAAAAUGUUUCACAGGAGUCAUUUAAAAUUUUGGUUAAGUUCAUGAAGUGUUCUGUCUCCCUCCCUCUCUUUUUUUAGCAAGGUUCUGGCUUUCCAGCAUGUAUGUGGUUAUAUUCUUUUCCUACACCUUCCCUUUUGCUUAGUUAAAGACACAGAAAAGCAGUGAGGGAUUUAGUUCCAAAACGUCCUUGUGAGUUGUAUCUUCAAUCAAAACCGGAAAGGAAUAGUUAAAAAGUAAGAAAUGUGUAAUAGAAAAUAGUCAUGAAAAUUCAGAACUGAUGUUGGAAAGACAACACUAGUGUUGGGUUUUUUUUGCCACUCACAUACCACAGAAUGUCCCUUGGUUUGUCUUUGCUGCAGAUAAAAUGCAAAUUUUGCUUGGUAAGACGAGUUAGUUAUCAAUCAGUUUUAUUACUAUAAUAAAUCAAAGUACAAAAUUUAUCAAAAGCUAAAUAUUUACAGGCUAUCACAAAAUAGAAAUGACAUGGUUGUUAUUAAAUCUAGUGGAGAAAAGAUGUGUAAUGUAGUGAUAGAGCUUUCCUUGCUGCUUGCCAGAAAACACUUGCAGGUCUGAAAUAAAGAGAGGCAGUUAGUUAUAUCCCAAGAUAAUAAAGACUGUGAUAGCAAACUACAACAUUCUCUCAGACUGGGAAAAACUAAAGUUAUUGUGGUGUAUAUAUGGUUUUAUAAUAGCAUUUCUACAUUACUUUGUCCUAUAGGUCGAAGUUUUCACACAAGGUGUUUGCACUAGUAAAUCUACCUUCAAAUGUAAAAAUUACUGAGGAACUUUGUUAACUCAUUUUCAGUGACCCAAAACAAAACCCAAGUCUUGGAUCUAAGCAUAUGUUAUAGACAGAGGGGUGGUCUCAUUCUUUGAAAUAUAAGUAUUCAAGCCAAUACUAUGUUGUUGUUAUCGCAUGAUGUAUUCUUCUGUUUUGUUAAAUGUAGAAGCUCACAUCAUGUAACCUGUGCUUGGGACCUGCUCCUUCCGUGUAGCGCGCGUCUCCCUUCCUACAUUUAAACAUGUUGGUAGAGCUGUAUGAUUUGAUGAUGUGGAGAUCUGUGCUGCUAAAUCAGAGCUGGUGUUGAGGAAUAUGUUGCAGAGGACAGUGUGAUCAGAGGUGAACUGGUUUAAAGGCCCACAGCUGGAAUGAUUUAACCACCAUGUUACUUGCAGUAGCAAAACCUGCUGCUGUUUGCAGGCCUGAGGGCAAACACAUGAUAAAGCUGAGCCUCAGUUACCUGAGGCAAGCACCCAGGCUGUAAGUUAAGAUUCUUGAACAGGGCAUUUCCCUUGCUGGGAAAAAACUCCCACUGUCCUCUAGCAUGAGCCCUGUUGAGUAAAAAAUACAGGCUCUAACACAUACCUGAAGUUAUUGGUCUCCUUCUUCUGGUUUGAGGUACUGUGUGCAAUCAUUUAUUUUCUUCAGAUGAACAAUGUUAAUCCUUUCAGAACACAUUGGGCAUAUGUUUUCAGUCUGUAACAUGCUGUUUUAAAAGAAGUGUGACUGGUCAAAUGAUAAUUCUAACAUUUUCAAAGGAAGAGCUGGGCCUGAGGCAGAAAGCAGAGACCAGAGUUCUGACCUACGCUAAUGUGGCAGGCGCAGGCUGCAGCAACAGCUGCUUCUGUCUAGGCAGAGCAAGGGUUUGUUCAUUUUUAACAUUUGAGAAUGGACAUCAUGGCUGUUUGCAAGGGCACGAGGAAAAUUUGGUGAUUAAAGCAUACACAAAGGAGCUUGGGCUAGAACAUGAAGUUUCUGCAGCUUCACAGUUCCUGACAGCUGAACAGAGCUAACCCUUCCCAUUCUCACACAGGUGAUGACUGGGGAGAUGAGAUUCUUGCUGCAUUAGGCUGGGCCCAGUGCCUGCGUGGCUUGUUUGUGUUGGUGCCUGCUGCUGUGCCUGGGUUCCCCCUACCCCUGUAUCAGGUUGUCUUCCUGGAAGGAGCUGAAAACUUACACAAGCCCCCCCAUCCACCUUCAUUACUCUUCCUGUUGUUGGAGCCCCGCAGCUUGGGCUGGGUUCUUCUGUCAUAGUUUUCACUCCACUUUGAAGCGAUGUUCUGUGAGUAUGUUAGCUGAAACUGCCAAGUCAGGGGGAUUCCUCUUCCAGCCUCCCCUCCCCCCCCCCAGCUGUUACAUGUUUUUUAGUGCCAAAUGAAACAGCUUGCUGCUAAAAUAUGAACGGACAUUGGAAUUCUGCAACAGAAAAAACUUAACUUACUUCUUGAAUUCUGAAUAGAGGGCAGGAAAGUCGCAGUGUGGGCAGACGGUCCAGUCAUCUCGUACCAUAUGGCGACCCUGAAGGCAAAAGCCACAAGUAAUUCAAGGGCCUGUGCUGCCCUGGUACACUGGGUGUUUGGUACCUGUUAUUGUGAUGAAGUCUCGGCAACUGAGCUCUAAAGACAGACCUUGAGGAAUUAAAAAACCCAAAGCCAUAAUGGUGUUACUGUAGUCUGAUUACUGCAUAACUUCUGUAACUAGAAGAGGAGCACUCAAUGAGAAGCAGUGUUUCCAUUAUAAUUUGCAUUCCCUUUUUUUUUGAUUUAAAAAAUAAAUCUAAGAAUGUAUUGAAUUACAGCUUUUAAAAUUCUUUGAGAUUGGCAGUUCUAGAAUGUUAUCUGUAGCUCUAUGUCUAGAGAUGCACGUAAAUCUGCUGGGAUUUUGGUGUUGCAUAUAGCACCCAAAAAAUGCCCCUAAAGCCAUGUCACCUGCACUCAGGGGAGUUGUAUUCAAUACUGUCUGACUGCCUGGCACUCUUUAAACAUAAAUUAUUCCCUCUGUUUUGGUAUGGUUUACUAAUUUGCUUUUGAUAGAAAGAAUUCAUAUGUACCUUUUCAAUACUAUAAAAACGCACCAGCACCUUGAACUGUAUUGAGACACUUAUGCUCGAAUACGAUAUGCAACAGUAGACUGUUUUGCCACUGACUCUCCUAAGAUACUUAAAAAGCCUUGCUUUUCUUCCUUAAUAUUUCUGAAAUGUACCAGUCAUCUCAUUAUGCUAAACCAAUAGAGUAAAAAAAAUAGAUAAUUGCUAUUAAUAUUUUUGUAAGACUUAAUUCUUUAGUUUUAAUAAAGAAUGUUAACUCCAA